CUUUUCUUUUAUACUCAUGUUUCUGGAAAAUUUCUUCAUUCAUUGACCUUGAGAUUUUUAGUGAGAUUUUUCAAGUCCAUGGGAAACUACAUGCUCUGUGUUUCCUUCUUCAAGUUUGUGUUGGGUUAAACUAUAUGUGAAAGCUUGGAAACAAGUUGAGAUUAGGAACCUUGUUCAGAGCUGAGUUGGUAAAAUAUGGAGGGAAAAUAGGAAAAGUUGUUCAGUUGUUCAGAGUCUCUACUCAAUGAGAUAAGUCUGGUAUGCUAUAAAUGGCCAAACUAUUAGAUUUAAGAUACGAGGGAGUGUGAGAACAGAGCCUAUCUCACUCAGGGCAUGACCUGAAGUGCUGCUGUUCUCAAUGAGGCACUAUCAUGUUGGGUUGAGUUGAUGGACAGAGUGACCAAAGAGAAGCAUAAAAUAAAAAUUAAAAAGGUUAUUUUGUUAGGAAAUACGCUUACAUGACUGAAAUGUGAUGCUGUUAUUCAGCUAGGUGAAAUGCCUAUACAGUUGACAUCAGAUGAAAAGCUUUCACCUUACUUAUAUCCCCAUUAUUUGUAUCAUACAGAACUUAGGAAUUAAAUUGCCCCUAUAUUAAAUUGUAGCACAUGGUAGCAGAGCUAUAUUUUGAACACUGCCCCUGAUUGUUUUUAGCGUUCUUGUUUUCAUGUGCAUAUAGAAUCAACGACCAUCGUAAUUUGUUUUUCUUGAGAAUGCACAAUUUUCAUGAAGAGGUCCUGACUAGGUUGAAUCGAUAAAGUUCCACUGCAAUUAAUUAUCUUUUGUUUAAAAGAAGGAAAAGAUAUAUUUCCCCCCACAAGGAGUACUUUAUCAAGGCUUAUUUUGAUUAAUGGACUUUUAUACAUUAGAGAGCAUGACAGCACCUCUUGUAUUGGCGAUUUUUACAGUUGAUUGUGUUGGAACAGCAAGCUUGGAGCCUGGUAGUUGAUGGGCAAUCACAUAGGAGAAGUUUAUAAUUUUAAAGAAUGUUUAUGGUUGGGUGGAUUGUUGAGGAAGAGGUUCCUGUAGAGACGCUUCAAGGGGGUGACAGCAUUCCCGUAUUUUCUGAAACGUGGACGACUGAAUUUCAAGGUGGUGAUUAUCCUCCUGAGCAAGGAAUUCCCACCAUGAUUACGUGGAAUUAUGAUGGGAACAACUUGGCUGUGGAGGGUUCUUGGGACAAUUGGAAAUCUAGGAAAUCACUACAGAGAUGCGGUAAGGAUCAUUCGGUUCUUUUGGUCUUGCCAUCAGGGAUCUACCGGUACAAGUUCAUAGUUGAUGGUGAACCGAGAUAUAUUCCAGAUCUUCCAUUUAUAGCUGAUGAAAUGGGCAAUGUUUGUAAUCUUCUUGAUGUUCAUGACUAUGUGCCCGAAAUUUUGGAGAGUGUGGCCGAGUUCGAGGCUCCAGCCUCCCCAGACUCCAGCUAUGAUCAAGCAUUUCCUGCUGAGGGAGAUCUUUCAAAGGAACCAUUAAUUAUCCCACCUCAGCUGCAACUGACUGUCCUUGGCACGGAGGAUUCAAAUGCAGAUUCUCCUAAACCUCGACAUGUUGUACUUAACCACCUUUUUAUAGAGAAAGGAUGGGCCUCACAAUCGAUUGUUUCUCUGGGAAUGACACACAGGUUUGAGUCUAAAUAUGUGACUGUUGUCCUAUAUAAAUCGCUUAAAAGGUGAAUCUACCACGCUAUUAACUUGCCACUGUAAAGAAAAUCUUGCUUCCUUUAAUCUCACACUUGUUCUGUGAAGUGUUCUGACGUUAUGUUAUGACACAAUGCUUAUGACGUUUGUUUUGAGAUUUUUUGUUAAUGCAAUUAUGCAAUGUUCCGUUCC